AUCAGAUAUAGAGACUUUAGAGCAUAGCUGUAUCAGUCAGCGUUUACUCAUCUAGAGCCAAAACCCAAUUGUAAAUUACAAACACCCGAUUUAGAAAAGAAAUCCGUCUGGCAAAGGGGUCGCGACAUAAACUUUUUGAUUUUAAACAUACAUCUCUCACAAAUAUUGGCCUUCAAUACAACAAUUUGUUUUGCAGAUAAAAUGGUAAAGGUGACUUUGAUCCCUCUGUCAUUCAUUUCAAGUCAUUUACUAAGUUGAGUCUACCAAUUACUUUUUGCAGAUAUGGAUUUGAAAAUAUGGGAGGUGGUGUGACUCAGCCCAUAAGUUGUAGGUUAAUUUUUCUGCCAUGUGUUUGUCAAAAUGCCAUCAACAUGGAAAUGAGUUCAGAUAAUGCCACAUUUCAGCAGAACAGCAGGGAAUCACGUUAGCAUUGGUGCCGGAUAAAUCCAGUCCCCAACAGUCGGCAUAUGAUUUUCACCUGCCUGCCAACACGAAGAUAAAAGUUUGAAGCGCUCGAAAACCGUACUUAAGCAGACGAAAAGGAAAAAAACAUAUACACACACACAUCAAAAUUCUGCAAGAAGAUAAAUAAAAAUAGAUAAAUAAAAGCUUGAAUUAAAAUACUGAGUGUGGAUACCGGUGUCAGGAGGAGUUUGUGCGGCUGAUGAAUCUGUGGUGAAGAAGGCCGGGAGAAACAAAACAACAAACGAAUCCAAACCCAGAAGAGCUGCUGCUGCAGUUGACCCCAUUGUGAAGAUCUGAAACAGCAUGACCCCCUUGUUUCACUUAGUCUUAUAACUUAACCCCUCCCCAAGUCACUCCACCCCUGCUGCUCUCCACCUACCUGUUCUGACCCACUCAGCUUAGGGUGACAGUAGGGGACUAUGGUCUUGCUGUGAGUCUAAAAGAAUGUAUGUUUAAAACCCCCAUUUGUUGCAUUUUUCCCAGACAAAUGUCCAUUUGAAACAUUAUUUGUGAAGCCAAUGGGUGAAUCAAAUUAAUCUAAUCCAUAAUUUCUAUAGAAAAUACAAAGAAAUUUAACUUCAUCAAUAAAUUUGCAUUAUUUUUAUUAAUAAAAAUACAUCUUUGCAGGAUUUAAGCCCAUUUGACGAGUUUUCAAUUUUACCUGAUUUGCUAAAUGCGGCAAACCAAAAUGAGAGAACAUUCAAAUUAAUUGACCUCAUUUUUAAUUAAAUGUUUUUAACAACUAAUGUCAAGAAACAAAUACCAGAUGACAUGGAUGAAUGUUGUUCAGCUUAUGUCUUUUUUUAAAAGAAAAAUAAUUUAUCCAACAUUCCCAUUUUUAACAAACCAACUACUAGAUUAUGUUUUAAUUAUUUUUCUAAGUACAUAUUGUCGUAAUGAUAAGUGUCACAAAUUUGCACAUGUUUUGAAAAAAUCAUGUUCAUCACAAUUGCAUAUUAAUGGGAAAAAUAGCACAUCAGCAUAAUAGAAGCAACAUUCACAUGGCUUGAUUAAGAUGCACUUCGUUUCUUAUUCCAACCAAAUAUGGAGUUUAGCUUAAAGUUUUCAUUUAAAGCAACAGAAAUGAUGAAGAUUGAUGUUUUAGAUCUUGAGGAAAGUAACGUGGCUUCAUCUAAAAAUGAUCCAGAAGAAUGCAGGCCAGUUUGAGAGCAUUUGAUGGACCUAAAAGUGUUUGUUAAAAUGGAGACAAAGUUGUUUUUUCUUCUUUUCUUUGACUUUUUUAUGGGAAGCCUGAAUCAUGACAUGUCAACCAUUUGAUGAUUCAGUGCCUGGGAUGGCUGCAGGGUGUUGCAGCAGACUCAUCUUUUCUCUGUGAGCUGUGUGUGUUUUUACAGGAACAAUUUAGCCCCCCAGGCAGUGCUGCUCUUUUAUCUCUUGAUGGUUUUGUUGCAUCAGUGCGUUCCUCUCUGACCCUGUUGGCCACACAGUCUGCUCUGAAGACACACCUUCACAGUAACAAGUUUAUUUCAGUUAAUCCAGAGAAUAAAUGUGGAGAAUACACACGCAUCUGCAUGAUUAUUUGUGUAGUUGGAUUUAUUGAAUAGAACUUAAAUCUAUUUGGUCAUUUCUUUUUUAAUCCACACAAUUUUAAAAACAUAAGGUUGAUUGUAUGAACUCAUCUUCAGUUCAUAACAGUCAUCAUUUUUAUUUUUUCCUUUUAUUCCAAUGUUCUGAGCUUUGUUUAGGUCCUCCAAUUAACGUGAAAACACAGUAACUGUUGCAUUUUAAGUUAACUUGUGUCUUUAACUAUAUGAACUAUCCUGUUCCUUUGGGUUAGUGUCAACUUAAGAGGAGCUCCAGUUGUUUCCGACAACAGAAACAUGCCUUCAGUAUGCAUAAACACCUGCAGAGGGCACAGCUUCCCUAUGGAUUGUAUCCUUAUCAAGCUGCCUGAGAGGAAGUGCACUCCAAAUAAAGUAAAGGGAUAAAGUGUGGUGGUGAUUUUCUUUUUUUUUUGCAGUCUCUUAUCUGAUUGGUUCCUGAAGUAUAAACCCAUGCAUUCCACACCAUUAAGCUGAAGCAGCUUUUUACUCCAGACUGUGGUGUUUUUCUCACCUGGAGUUGAUGCUCGGUGUAAAGGCAGCCUCUCUGCUCGCAGCAGCCAAUAUCUGAAGACUGCUCAUCCACACUACUCUCAAAUCAGCGCAAACAUGUUUAUAUGUGCAGUGAAUGUAAUCUUCCUGGUGUGUUUCUGUUCACUUCAUCAAACAUUUGGACAGGACUGUCCCAGCAGAAAUGAAAUACAAGGUUCUCUGAGGCAGGUCCAGAAGCUUCUGUCAGCUCAUGAAGCGUCCUACAUGCAAAGUCUACGGAACUUAAAGAAGAAAAUUAGCGCGCUGCAGAGCAGUGCAGGGAAGCAGACUUCUAAAACCAUAAACAGUACAUGCCCAAAGCUGGAUGCACUCAUCAAUGGGAGAAAACUUGGCAAGUCCCAUCUUGUUGGUCAUGAGGUUUACUUUCUGUGCGACCCUGGUUAUGAGCUUGUGGGAUCAGAGACGAGAGUUUGUCAGGAAACCCUGACCUGGAGCGGCCAGCAGCCCAUCUGCCAAGACAUCAAUGAGUGUGCGUCCUCUCCCUGCCUGAAUGCUGGCACAUGUGUGGAUGAGGUAAACCAGUUUUCUUGUGUCUGUGCCAAAGGCUGGACUGGAGCUACCUGUCAAAGCCCCGUGCCAACCUUUCUCAUCACCAUAACAAACACUUCAGCCACUGCUGCUGCUGCUGCUGCGACUACUUUUCCAGCUGCCACCACCGGACCCUUUGUUCGUCCUUCACGUUGCACGACUGUGCAGGGGACCACUCACUGCACCUGCGAGCCGGGAUACACCAUCUCUGGCAGAGACAGCUACACCUGUGCUGAUAUUGAUGAAUGCGAGCUGUUCCAUAAUGGACAAGCUGGGAGAUUGUGUUUGCAUGCGUGUGUUAACACGCCUGGAGGGUAUCGCUGCUCCUGUCCUGCUGGCUAUGAUGUGACCCGUGACGGACGCAGCUGUAAAGAUAUUGACGAGUGCGCCACCAGGCAAAACAACUGCUCAAAAGACCAGAUGUGCAUAAACACAUUUGGCGGAUUCCAGUGUGUUCGCGUGGACUGUCCCAAAAUCCGUAAUGCUACUUAUGUCAAGACGUCACCAAUGCGCUGUGAACGCAACCCCUGCCCUGUGGAGAACAAAGCUUGUUCUCAAACCCCUAACUCCUUCUCCUACCAUUACAUGGCUGUGGUGUCCAACCUGUCGGCGCCUCGAGUCAUGUUCAGAGUCUCAGCACUGCGCCAAAUAGGUGACACCCUCCGCUUCUCUUUGCUGGGCGGAAAGCAAGCCCGUCGCCACUUCACCGUCCAGCGCUCCGACCGACUCACAGGUCAGCUGAUGCUGGUGACCCCGGUGCAGGGUCCUGCCACUGUGGAGGCAGAAGUGGAGAUGAGUGAGCUCGAGAGACGAGUCCAGGUUGGGAGAUACAUAACUAAAGUCACCCUGUUUGUUUCUCAAUAUGAUUUCUAGAAAAAAAAUGUAGAAAACUAAAGGGCUAAGCAGUAAAACAAUGUGAAGAAAGGACCUGUCAUAAGCUGAAUGAGACAAAAAGAGCAUAAUGUAUAUUUUUGAAGGGCAAUGUAAUGUGGAAAUAUCCUCAUAGAAGUUAUAUUCUAUUUACAUUCUUGUGUCAGUACUAAUAAAUGUAAACUUAUAUUUCCCCAAUAAAUAUCGAGUAAAACAGUACAA